ACACAGGCAUGCACCAAAACCAACACAACAACCAACAGUUCAAAAACCCUGCACAACAACCAACAGUUCAAAACCCUGCACAACAACCACCUCCACAACCAGAGCAAGGACAUAA